AACACUUUACUCCCAAUUUCUCUUCAUACGUUCUCCCACUAUUACCUUUUUCCUUUUUUUUCUCCCCACAUCUCUCCUCCACUCCGCCCUCAUCGUCUCGACAUGGUCACCGAUCUCGCCGGCUCCGGCGACGCCUCCCACUCUCCGCCCCCGGCGGCGGCGGCGCCGCCUCUCUCCCCGGCGGCGAUCGCCGCCGACGUGAGCCCGUGGAUCGAGCGCGCCGCCGCGCGCGCCCUCGAUCUCAAGGAAACCCUAGACGCCGCCGUGGGCUCCGCCGUGGGGGCCGCCGCCACCGCCGCCUCCACCGCCGCGUCGUUCUCUGCCCACUACGUCGAAGAGUCCAAGGAGAUCAUGGAGUCCGUUAAGGCCAUGUAUGAGUUUCAUGAAGAAAUGGCUUUUGCGAAGAUCAAAGAGGGUGUCCUCCUUGCGGCGUCAAAUCCGGGCCUCUCUUCUGGGAUAGCUGCUGGAUUGGGGCUCAUCUUCUUCAGAAGACCAAGGAACUUUCUUAUUCAAAAUGCAAGGCGGCUCUUUGUGAGUGAAGAGGUCCUGCUCUCUAGUGCUAAAACCAAGGUGAAUGGGUUGCGACAGUCUGUCAAUCUUGUGACUAAUGAAAGAAUAAAGUUGAUGGAGAGGGCAUCAAAUGCAGAGAAGGAAUUUCAAAAAGGACGAACGGAUCUUAUGAUGGAAGGUCGUGCUAUCGAAAGGGAAUUGCGUUAUGUAAGAAAUAUUGAAAAACAAGCAAUGGGCCUGAAGGUUGCUCUUAAUGAACUCCCAAGAACACAAGCAUCUCCACUUCGAGCACGGGCUUCUGAGCUGGUUUCUCAGGUCAAGAAAGAGAAAGCAGCUCUCAACGGUGCCCUCACGAAGAUUAUUAAUUACGGAAUUCCUGUCUGAUUUCAUUGGGAUCCCAUUAUAAUCAUCCAUAGUAUUUUUUUUGGAUGAAUGGAGAAUCAUCUCGAGGAAAAAGGUUUUGUUGUGAAACAAGCAAAUGAACAACAAUUCAUUCUUGAUAGAUCGCGUACACACAUAAUUUUUCUUCUUGUAUUUUAUAAGCUACAGUCCCUGUGCUUCUGGGAAAGAAAGCUUAAAUAAAUGAUAACCAAAUGAAUUGAUGCAUCUGAGAUACUUGUUUACCUUACGUUUCCAAUUUCAUCGCGCUCGGCUUACUCCCACCAUAUCUGUGGUGCAGUGUAGAAAUUCCUGCACUUGCCUUUUUUUUUUAUGAAACAUGUAGUUAAUUAUAAUGGAGGGCUAUAUUAUGCUCUUAUCUUUGAUUGUUUGCUCCAGUUUGGAUGAGAUGCAUCUAAAUUGGUUCACUUUUACCAUUCUGAUCGAAAAUAUCAUUCUGGGCUC